AUGAGAACGAUGGUGGAUGCUGUAAGUUCUGCACCGAUUAUACGGCAGUUAAGUGCUCGAGAACCACCACGGAAUAGUGAAUCGAACGCGAUUCUGACUCGCAAAAUUAGUGAGGGUGCGAUUGAACGUAAAACAACCAAUGGCAGCAUUAUUACGGUGGAUUCAUCAACUGAAAUCGCUAAUGAAAACGUUAAACGCAAAGAAAAAUUGCUGAAUUCAUUGAAGAAAGAGGCUAGAAUUUGA